AUGCCAGACCGAUACAGCCCACAAAGCCGUGAUAUCUUGCUUCAGUAUCUGGAAAAUCAGCUUGAAAAUGGAACCAAUGAUAUCCUGGCAAACUUGGCCAUCUUGAAAUUAUUCCAGUUGAACCCUAGCGACUUCUCUCUUGAUACAGCCGUGCUAAUCCUUAUCAAAGCGCUUACAGCCACACCGUUCCCCGACUUCCACUUAUGCAUCUCGCUGCUUGGGGAGGCCCCCGUUCGCACCCUUUCGAUCCACGACACAACACAGGCAUCAACUGGAAAAAUCACCGAGCCGAUCAUUGUGCGCCUUUCGACGCUGUCAGAACUUCUCUUCCAGACAAAGUUUGUCCAGUUCUGGAACUUGUACAGCAGUGACGAGUACAAGGACGUUCGAUCCUACACAAGCAAAGUCGCUCACUUUGAGGAUGACAUUCGGAAGGUGGCGUUGUACAGCGUGAAAGGUGCAUUCCGAACGAUUUCCGAGUCGCGGCUUAGUGGUUAUCUACAUUUGGAGGGAGAAGCCCUUGCACGCUUCAUUGAAAACCAACGUGAGGAGGGAUGGUCACUUGCGAAUGGCACUGUAGCAGUGCCACCAAAUCCCGACAACGAGGUCAAGUCCACGGUGGUCCGCGAGGAAGUAUCUCUUGAAAGAUGCCGGCGUCGUAUUUAA